AAUUAUGACUUAUCAAAAAACAAUUUUUUUUUAUAUAUUAGUAAUUGUUCUGCAAUGGAACUACAUUCCAAAAAUCAUGCUUAGUCAUAUUCUAUACAUAUGAAUAUACGUAAUCUGAACUUUUCGUUAUUAAGAAGUGACGUUCUUUAGUUCGUGGACGACUGCAAGCAAGAUAGCAAUGACAACUCAACAGAAACUUUAUUUGUGCAUUUACAAUGCAAUAGAAGUGUUAGGUUGGUCUUGGAUAUUAUAUAUAUCGAUAUCUCAUUAUGGAGAUAGUUCAUCAAAUAUUAAACUUUGGAAUAAAAUUUGGGUUCCUUUAUUUAUUUUUCAAAAUUCUGCUUAUCUUGAGGUAAUACAUGCUAUAACAGGAUUAGUUCGAUCCAAUCCAAUGAUAAUACUGAUACAAAUUUCUAGUCGUGUAUUUAUUUGUGUUAUAUUAUUGUCAUUACCAUCGGAUUCCAUUGAAUCAUCGAUUCUUUUACCAUACACUUUCAUAUCUUGGAGUAUUGCAGAAAUCACUAGAUAUUCUUAUUACUUUAUGAAUCUUAUUGGAUAUAUACCAUAUUUUCUAAUGUGGUUGAGAUAUUCCUUAUUUGUGGUACUUUAUCCAAUUGGUAUAAGUGGAGAAGUUCACUGUACUUAUAAAGUAAUUGUUUAUUCCAUGUCUAAUCCAAAACUAUGGAGUUAUAUAUUGCCUAAUCAAUGGAACUUUACAUUCAGUUUUUUGUACUUUGUAAUAAUAGUCCUAAUAAUGUAUAUUCCAGGUUCAUUCAUAUUAUAUAAACACAUGCUUUUACAAAGACAGAAAAUGUUAAAUAUAAACGUUAAAGCAGAAAAAGUAAAAUAGAUAAUUUUUGUUAUUUUAUUUCAUAAUAUUUAAUAUGUCAUACUACUUUAUACUAUAUUGUAUUUCUCCAAGAUA